GGGUUGGUAUAAGUCCCUCAACCUUUCCUGUGCAGAGCAAAGAUAGUAAAUACUGUCAAGGCAGCGUUGAGGUGGUUCGCUGUGAUUAUUUCGCCGGCUUGAAUUGAUUCCUCUUUGUGCGGAACGACAGGCUUAUCGGGUGCUGGUUUUAUGGCCGGCUAGCCACCAAGGGAAAUCCGGCGACAGACGACAUACAGACGAGCAGAGGAGAGGCAGUGAGACGAUAUCAAGGCAGCAGACAGGCAACAGAGAGGCUGCAGAGAGGUAGCUAGAGAUAUACACAGCAAGUGCCAAAGCCAUCCAGCUUGAGAAACAGAUAUACGACAACCACCCAGACAACCACCCAGACAACCACCCAGACAACCACCCAGACAACCACCCAGACAACCACCCAGACAACCACCCAGACAACCACCCAGACAACCACCCACUACAACACUCGCACCAUGUCAAACACCAUCUCCUCCGCCGUCUCGAAGACGGCGGCUGGGGCGGCGGCUGCCACCACGGGGCUACGUGCAACGCCGCAGGGCGGUAUCCUCGAGGGCGCAAACCCGGCGACGUAUGACCCGAAGAAUCCGAUUAUUUUGUUCAUUAUACAGGUAAUUAUUAUCAUCAUCUUCUGCCGCCUCCUCCACUACCCCCUCUCCCUCAUCCGUCAACCCCGCGUCAUCGCCGAAGUCAUCGGCGGCAUCAUCCUAGGCCCCUCCGUCAUGGCGCACAUCCCCGGCUUCAAAGCGGCCAUCUUCCCCGACGCGAGUCUACCCAUCCUCAACCUCGUCGCCAACCUCGGCCUCAUCCUCUUCCUCUUCCUCGUCGCCCUCGAGACAGACCUCCACAUGUUCAUGAGGAACUGGCGGGUCGCCCUCUCCGUCGGCCUCGCAGGCAUGAUUCUCCCCUUCGGCCUCGGGUGCGGUAUUGCGUAUGGACUAUAUCAUCAGUUCCGUACCGACGAGGGCAUCGUCCCCAUCUCGUUCCCCGUGUACAUGCUCUUCAUCGGCACGGCGCUCAGCAUCACCGCGUUCCCGGUCCUGUGCCGUAUCCUCACCGAGCUGAAUCUCCUCGGUACGCCAGUCGGUGUUACGGUUCUCGCGGCAGGCGUAGGAAACGAUGUCGUGGGCUGGGUGCUCCUCGCUCUGUGCGUUGCGCUCGUGAAUAACGGGUCUGGCAUCACAGCGCUGUACGUCGUUCUCUGCACAGUCGGGUGGAUCUUAUUCCUCUUCUAUGCCGUCCGGCCGUGUCUUGUCUGGCUGCUGCGACGGACGGGGAGCAUCAAGAACGGGCCGACGCAGGGGAUGAUUACGCUGGUUUUGCUUCUGACGCUGUUUUCAGCGUGGUUCACGGGCGUCAUUGGCGUGCAUCCUAUUUUCGGCGGCUUCUUGGUCGGGCUGAUCUGUCCGCACGAUGAAGGCUUUACGGUGAAGCUGACAGAGAAGAUUGAAGAUCUGGUGACUGUCUUGUUUCUCCCGCUCUACUUUGCGCUGUCGGGACUGAACACGAAUCUGGGACUGCUGAACGAUGGGACGGCGUGGGCGUAUGUUGUUGGUAUUAUUGCGGUUGCUCUUAUAGGGAAGAUCGUGGGUGGAACGCUGGCGGCGAGAUCUUGCAAGCUGGUGUGGAGGGAAAGUCUCACCAUUGGUGUUCUGAUGAGUUGUAAGGGAUUGGUAGAACUGAUUGUGCUGAACAUCGGCCUCCAAGCCAAGAUCCUCUCCACGCGAACCUUCACCAUGUUCGUCAUCAUGGCUCUCGUCACAACCGUCAUCACCUCCCCCGCAACCAGCGCCCUCUACCCACCCUGGUACCAGAAGAAGCUUGAAGCCUGGAAGCGCGGCGACAUCGACUGGGAGGGCAACGAGCUCCGCGCCUCCGCCGACUCUCUCGGGAAGCUCGAGUCCACACAAAUCCACAAACUCCUCGUCUACCUCCGCCUCGAAUCCCUUCCCGCGCUAUUCACAUUCAUCGACCUCCUCGGCGGCGAAAAGCCCGCCCCCAUCACGCGGGUACACAAAUCGCGCCUCCCCUCCGUCCCCGAAGACCCCUCCUCCGAAACCACCACCCCAGAACACGCGCUCGAAGUCCAUGGCGCGCGUCUCCUCCCACUCACCGAGCGUACCUCGUCCGUAAUGAAAGUCUCGGCGACAGAGGACUCCUCCUCCGAUGCGAUCCUCAAUACCUUCCGCACCUUUGCGCGUCUCAACGCCCUACCUGUCUCUGGCACAAUCAGCACCGUUCCCCUCACCUCCUUCGCCACUCAGCUGCUCUCCAAAACGUCUUCUCUUUCUCCCGACCUCCUUCUCGUCCCUUGGCCAUCCUCCCUCCCAGCCGAUAGUGAAGCCGACGCCCCGCCCCGCAGACCCGCGCCGUUCACGCCAGGGGCUCAAUCGGCGUUCAUAUCUGAGCUCCUAUCCGAAGCGCCAUGCAACGCAGCGAUCCUCAUUGAUCGCAGCUUCGGGGCCCCGGUCCCAUCAGCCGACAGGGGACACCACAUUUUCUUCCCCUUCAUCGGCGGACCAGACGACCGCGUAGCUCUCCGUUUCGUCCUCCAGCUCGCGAAGAACCGACACGUCACCGCGACCGUGCUUCAGGUUAUCCACACCGCCGCACCCGAGGUUAAGCCUCCCCGCCCAACCGCGCCAGGGAUCGGCGCGGAGGCAUUCGCGCCGCGGCUGGGGAUGGGGAGUCGACGCGGGAGCCGGGCGAGUGUGGUUGCUGCGGCGGAGGAGGCGGUGAGGGGGAUGGUGGAGAGGAGGGAGGCGGAUGCGGCGUUUUUGUGUCUACAACCCACCUCAUUCCUCUCCCUAAAACUCCAUUUUCGAUCAAAACUUCGCGGAAGUCAAAUAACCCCCCAUCAUAUUCCCCGCCUUCAGGAUGCUAUCAUUGUCGUUGUCGAUUCGUCCGUCUUCUCCUUAGUCUUUGGGAUCGUCCUCCACUCCAUCCCCAAGCUCGCGACAAAGCAAACACCAGCAGAAGCCACAGCAACAAGAAACGCCGACGUAAUCGCAACAUUAUACGCAUCCCUCACCCCUCCCAACAGAGGAGCCGGGACAACAUCAACCAUGCCAACUCCCCCCGCACCACACGCGUUCCACAUCAAUGCCCGGCAUCUUAUUAAUAUUCCCAACCAGCGAGCUCUGAAACACAUUCUGCGCGAUAGCCAGCCGCGCCAAGCGAGCCACCGAGGGACUGACAGAACCGCGCUGGCAACAGGAAUAUCAGCAGCGUCGAGGACUUGGAUGGCGAAGAAUGGAAUCUGCACGCCGAUUUCGAAGCCGAUCCCGCUGAUGAAGUGA